GUAAAGUAUUGCACCUAGCUCCAGCUAGUUUUGGUGCUCUACCUGAAUUAGGCACUCCCGGGCAAUUCGGUCUGGCCAUUGUAAAAAUUCUAUAACGUUCUCAAACUAGUUGAUGUUGACAAACUGGCUCUAUCCCGGCAUCCCAUUGAGAUAAAGCUCCACAGAUAAACCUUUAGAGCCCGUCUCUCGAAAUGUCGCUUCCUUUUGCUGUGCUUCAACACGUCUCAUGAUGGCCGACGUAGCCACAAUUAAAGCCAUUGAGGCUGGUGUUGUCCAUCAAAUCCAGUCGGGGCAGGUCAUCGUUGACCUCUGCUCAGUGGCCAAGGAACUUAUCGAAAACAGUCUGGACGCCGGUGCCACGGCCAUUGACGUCCGGUUCAAGAACCAAGGCCUGGACUCAAUCGAAGUUCAGGAUAACGGCUGUGGAAUAGCACCACAGAACUAUGCAAGUGUGGCCCUGAAGCACUACACCUCCAAACUGUCGUCCUUUGCAGACCUCGAUACGCUGCACACCUUUGGGUUCAGGGGUGAAGCGCUGUCGUCGCUAUGUGCGCUAUCGCAUUUCACCGUGACGACAUGCUUGCAGUCAGACGUUCCCAGAGGCACGAAACUCGAGUUUGAGGUGUCCGGCAAACUCAAGAGCACGAGCUUGGUUGCGGCCCAAAAGGGAACUGUGGUCACCGUCGAGACCCUCUUUCAUAACCUCCCAGUCCGCCGUCGGGAACUGGAGCGUAACAUCAAGCGUGAAUGGGGUAAAGUCAUCAACUUGCUCAACCAAUACGCCUGCAUUCAAACCGGCAUCAAAUUCACCGUAUCACAACAGCCAACCAAAGGCAAGCGUACGGUGCUGUUUUCAACCAAGGGCAACAAAUCUACCCGUGAAAACAUCGUCAACGUUUUUGGCGCAAAAACGCUCUCUGCUCUUAUCGCAAUGGAGCUGGAAUUGGAACUGGAGCCGACGACGAGCAAGGUAACCGCCGCUGCGACGGGAAGCACCCGACAUCAAGGCGAGACGACUACGGUAUUUGUACGAGGCCAUGUCUCACGACCAGCUCGUGGCGAGGGGCGACAAACUCCAGAUCGGCAAAUGUUCUACGUGAACGGGCGUCCCUGUAUCCUUCCUCAGUUUGCCAAGGUCUUCAAUGAGGUUUACAAGACCUAUAACUCAACUCAGUCGCCAUUCAUAUUUGCCGAUAUUCAACUUGAUACUCAUCUCUACGACGUCAAUGUCAGUCCUGAUAAGAGGAGUAUACUGCUCCACGAUCAGGGCCGCAUGCUGGACAACAUGAGGGAGGCUCUCAUCGAGCUUUUUGAGAAGCAGGAUAUCACUAUUCCUGUCUCUCAACUGAUAACACAAAAGCCCACUACCCCUUUCAAGAUCUCAACGGUUGUAGGGCGAACUAAGAGCACGCUCUCCUCUGUAAAGCAACAUAAAGAUGUGCAGGAGAUUGACGACGAUGACGAUGGAGACGAUGAAAUGACAGACACGCCAAUUCGAGCAAAUCCAAGACAGAACUCGGGAUCUGUCAUUUCAAACCAAUCUCUGGCAGGGGUGUCAACAGGAGCCUCCAACUCCAUCAGCGCUCGGGCUCAACGUAAAUCUGAUGCACGACCCGAGCCACGUAUAGUUGCGGCUCCUCAAAAGAGAAAAGAAAGCGUUCCAGAUGGGGUGGCUACGUUCCUGUCCAAUCUUAGAGGUGACUACAUCUACAACGACGAGACAACCCCUGCAGAACCUGAAGUGGAACAAAAGAAUAACGACGAAGAGGUUGAUACGGAAGCCGAGCCACAAACACCCAGCGCUGCUGAACUUGGCGAGGAUGACGCUCAAGAGCACAUUGAAGAGUCACCAGUUCCAGCAGUUGCACCCCCGAGAAGCCAGGGAAUCAAAGCUAGCCACACUUCUUCCGCGUUCUCGACAUCAAAGAGGCCGUCCAGUGAGGUUGCCACAAUAACAAUUGGCGAUCAAAUGGUCACCGGCGUUAUCGGGGGCUCGCAAAAAAGGCAGCGCACCAGCCAAAUGUCACAAACUCGUCAGGGUAGCAAGUCGAGAUCCCAAACCGGGAAAGGAAAAGCUUCUUUGCCGUCGUUUAAAGGACGCCUAACGCAAAUGUUUGCGGCCGCCUCGACACGAAGGUCCGAUUCUGACCCAGGCAGUUUACUCAUGGAUGAUGCUUCCCCAGAGAAUGAUGAGGAGAUAGAUGGCGAUGAUUUGAUGUUUGAGGCUCCAUUAGACCACAGCCAGUUCGAAGAAGAGGCGUCCGAUGACGAUGAUCAGGAACGCAGUAUCAUUGAGAGCUCACAGGACAAAGAACACCAAUUACCGCGGAGAGACUCGCCUCCUCCACUUACUGAGGAGCAUGAGGAUGAAGCUCCGAAUUCUGAACAGAAUAACGAAGCCCCUGAUAGCCCAGGGAUGUUUGUCGAUUCAGCCAACGAUGAAGACGAUUACGUAGAAGAAGAGGAAAAAAGGAGACAGGAAGAGGAGAAAGUACAGAGGCUAAUCAGUGAGGCCGAGAAGACAGCCAAUGAGCCAAGCAAAGAUAUGGAGAAGCGAUCCCAGAUGAUUUUGAAAGGAAGGUCCAGACGCAAGGACUCUACCUUCACGCUGGUGCAGACUUUGAGGCUACCUCAUUGGUCUGUUCAUCGUCAAGAGAGCACAUGGCGAGCGUCACUGGAGAAAACUACAAAAUCAGACGAGCAAUCGACAACCGGUGAUCACAGUGACGAGGACACUGCAUUGAGAGCGGACGCUGACGGUGUGGACGCUGAUACCGAAAAUGCCGAGCAGAAGCUAUCUCUCACAAUCACCAAGUCGGACUUUGCGCAGAUGAAGAUAAUUGGACAAUUCAAUCUCGGCUUCAUUAUAGCUGUCCGCGAGGCUACCACCAAAGGGGCCAGGGAUGUCGUGCCCAGUAAUCGGACUGGAGGCGGCUUCACAGAUGACGAACUCUUCAUCAUUGACCAACACGCCUCGGAUGAAAAGUACAAUUUUGAGCGCCUUCAAGCCAGCACGGUUGUUGAAUCCCAGCGGCUUGUUCGACCCAAACCCCUGGAGCUGACGGCACUCGAGGAGGAGAUCAUCAUCGAAAACCAGAAAGCGCUGGAGACGAAUGGUUUCAUCGUGGAUGUGGACGAGUCGGGAGAAUCACCCGUCGGUUCGCGAUGUCGGCUGCUCAGCCUGCCCCUGAGCCGUGAGACAACUUUCUCGCUGACCGAUCUCGAGGAGCUAGUCAGUCUACUGGCCGACAACCCAACAACGACCGCGACGACCGUGCCCAGGCCGUCCCGCGUCCGCAAGAUGUUUGCGAUGCGCGCAUGCCGCAGCAGCGUCAUGGUCGGCCGGGCUCUCUCUCAGCCCCAAAUGGAAAAGGUUGUUCGACACAUGGGAGGCAUGGAGAAGCCGUGGAACUGUCCUCACGGGAGACCAACAAUGAGGCAUCUAUGUGGUCUGGGUACUACGUGGGACGGUAGACUUUGGAAGGAAGGCGAUGGAUUCGGCGACGAAGUUAAUAAUCAAGACAACGGAGACUUUUCUGUUUAUACAUAGAGACGACGUCCCGUAUAAAAAAAUAUUACAGCUCUUUUGGGCCUACGGAGAAGACUUGAUUUAUCAAUGUGGGACCAUGGGAUCAUGAGGACACACAAUGUUAUGCCUUAUGCAUGGUUGAUAUAGCUACGUAAAAUCUACCUAUCCUAUCAUUACAUGGAUUCGCGGAGCAAAAUGGCGUCGUUACUAAAGCCAACAAAUCAGGA